ACUUUUUAUUCUGUAUUCAUAUGGACUUUACGUUGAAAGUGGCAGUUUUCCUCACUUUGGCUUUUGUUUCAUCUAUACCAGUGCAGCCUGUUUCUGGAGUUAGCAACUCACAAUUGUCAGGUAGGAAGAAAAGGGACUCGUAUGGAAAUGAGGAUAUUGUCACUAACUUGCCUGGCCAGCCAGCUGUAGACUUCCGGUAUUACGCUGGUUAUGUCAACGUGAAUGAAAAGAAUGGAAGAGACUCUUUUAUUGGUCCUGGGUGCUCGUCCGUUGGAUAUGGAGCAACACAAGAGAUUGGUCCUUUCCUAGUGGACAUUGAUGGAAAUGGAAUUAAGUUUAAUAAUUUCUCAUGGAAUAAAGAAGCUAACAUGUUAUUCCUGGAGUCUCCAAUUGGGGUUGGCUUUUCAUACACAAAUACAUCGACUGAUUAUGAUAAUCUAGGAGAUGGCUUCACUGGAAAAUAUGUACCAGAGCUAGCUGAACUCACCAUUGACAAGAACAAUGAUCCCUCCCCUUAUAUUGAUUUGAAGGAAUAUCCUUUUUGUCAACAGCUGGGAAAUCCUGAAACAUCUUCUGCUGAAGAUUGGGAAGGAAUAGUGGAUUAUGGUUGGAGUCAUGCUGUGAUAUCUGAUGAAACACAUAGAAUAAUCAGUGAAAACUGUGACUUUAACAGCAGUGAUACAUGGAGCAAUCCACAUUGUAAGGAAGCUGUGGAUGAAUUAUUCAAACAGUAUAAGGAGAUUGAUAUCUACAGUUUAUACACCCCAGUUUGCGUUGGUUCAGAUAAUAAGUCAAUGAAAGUUGUAAUGAAGCAAGCGUCCAACAUGGUGAUCAUUUAUUCACCUCUUUGCCCAGGAUCCUGGGAGGUUAUGAUCCAUGCAUGGAUAAUUAUGCAAAAGCUUUCUACAAUAGACCCGAUAUUCAAGAGGCACUCCAUGUUAGCAAUGGUCACCAGCUCAGAAACUGGAGCAUAUGCAAAAUCAGAUUCAGAAAACUCUGUUCUUCCAAUAUACAAAAAGCUUAUUGCAGUUGGAGUUAGAAUAUGGGUCUACAGUGGAGACACAGAUGGAAGGGUUCCUGUUUUGUGCACACGGUACAGCUUAAGCUCCUUGGGACUGCCUGUUCUUCGGGCAUGGAGACCCCCGUACCACCAGAAGCAGGUCAGUGGUUGGCUUCAAGAAUACAAAGGGCUAACUUUUGCAACAUUUAGAGGGGCUGGGCAUGCAGUGCCCUGCUUCAAACCAAGCAGCUCACUUGCAUUCUUCAAAUCCUUUCUCCUUGGAAAAUCUCCACCUUCAUCUCGAUAAUCCGUUUAGUUAACUGAUCCUCAAGGAUUGUGCUUCUAUAGGUAAUAGGGUCUUAUGUGAGUGUUGUUCUCCCAUCGAAAAUAGUUUCCUUAACUUACUGUGUUUGCUUAUGGAAAUCAUAUGAAUUUUCUGUAUGUGGUGUCUUAGAAUACAUUAUAGACUUGCAAAAUACGAGGAGGCAAUAAAACAGUUGGUCUGUC